CAGCAACGCGCAUCGCAUUCUGUACCACUCCACUGCAGCGACCACGACGACAGCAACGUCCUGGGGACAAGACAACGCCUGGUUGAACACCCCUCUCGUAGCGACCCGGGACAUUGAGACGGGUGGAGUCCACGUGACCAUUGCUUGGUUUCCCAGCCCUAGCACGGCAUCUUGAGAGAGCUUGGACUAGCAUUGACGAGUAGUCCUGGACGCCUGCCUUGACGUGGCUCUCAUCACACUCAUCCCGAGGGCCUGUUCAAGUCUCUAGAGCACCAGGGCGCAUGCCCUACACAGCGAGGCAUGUCGUUUGAGCCGCGUGGGGAUCACGGCGGAGGGUACGAUGGCGGCGCGGGAGGUGGUGCCGGGUUCGUCAGAGCUCGUGGUCGUCGCCCCGUGACUGACUAUGGCUCGACAAUGGUACACUGGAUGAGGGACCGGCACCCCCGGUUCAAAGGGUCGUUCCAUGGCGAACUGGAACGGCAGAGCCCGAGCUACAUCGUCGACAUGCUACCGCCCUUGGCAAGGGUAACCAGCCCAGCAGACACGGUGCCAACAAAGCACCUUCACUCAUCGCUCAACAAGAUCAAGCAUCCGGUUAAUGUGGUGCGCUGGACGCCAGAAGGGCGGAGGUUGUUGACAGCCUCCAGCAGUGGCGAGUUCACAUUAUGGAACGGCACCGGCUUCAACUUUGAAACAAUCAUGCAAGCGCACGACGUCGCCAUCAGAGCGCUGGCAUAUUCUCACAGUAAUGACUGGUUGAUCUCGGCAGAUCACGACGGCAUCAUCAAGUACUGGCAGCCAAAUUUCAACAACGUGCAAGUCAUACAAGGUCACACAGACCCAAUUCGAGAUCUUGCCUUCAGCCCGAAUGACGCAAAAUUUGUCACGGCGUCAGACGACUCGUCUCUCAAAAUCUUUGACUUUGCCGGAGGCGUGGCGGAGUCUACGUUGCAAGGCCACGGCUGGGACGCCAAGAGCUGUGACUGGCAUCCAACAAAGGGCUUGGUUGUGUCAGGGUCGAAGGACCAUCUGGUAAAGCUGUGGGAUCCCCGGACGCAGCGGUGUUUGACAACGCUCCACGGGCACAAGAAUACCAUCACGAAAACAGUGUUCGAGAGGGUGAUGGGCAACUGCCUGGCUACUUCAGCUCGUGAUCAGACAGCCAGGAUAUUCGACAUGCGAAUGAUGAGGGACAUUUGUUUGCUCAAGGGCCACGAAAAGGAUAUUUCGACGCUGACAUGGCACCCGAUCCACGCCAACCUCAUUAGCACAGGUGGCAGCGAAGGAUCUCUAUUCCACUACCUCCUGGAUGAACCCAACACACCCGCUGGCCACGUCAUUAGCAAUGCAGUAUACGAGUCCCCCGACCCGGCCACAGCACCAACACAAUCGAUUUAUCCCGCCCACAAGAUUCCCCAUGCCCACGACUUUGCUAUUUGGUCGCUCGACUGGCAUCCGCUCGGCCACAUCCUCGCGUCAGGCUCAAACGACCGCAUCACGCGGUUCUGGUCACGUGGGCGACCAGGCGAGACCGACAUCUUCGAGGACAGAUACCACAUUGGCGAGGCCGCCGCCGAGGCCCGCGGGACCUGGGACCGCCGCGGCGGACGCCGCCAGCGCCAGGAAGAAGAAGAGCAGGAACUCGAAGACGAGGCCGAAGGUCUGGUGGACCAGAAGAUGCCCCUCCGGCAACCCGCCCUCCCAGGCUUUCCGGGCUUACCAGGCUUGCCUGGUCUACCUGGCCUCACUCUCCCUACUGGCGUCAACGGAGUCAUCCCACCACCGCCACCGCCACCGCCCCCUCCCAUCGGCGCGAACGGCGUCGUGCCUCCUCCGCUUCCAUUCCCCCUACCUGGAGCCCCCGGUGGUGCAGGUGUCCCCGCACCGCCCCCGAUCCCGCUGGGCAUGGACCCAAGCAACCCGGCCGACCUGGCCAAGAUUGCCGAGCUCAUGCAAAAGGCCGGCCUCCCGCCUCCUCCGCCGCCGCCGGGCAUGCCGGGCAUGCUACCACUCAUUCCACCACCCAAUUUCCCGGGCGGCUUCCCUCCUCCCCCUCCGCCGCCGCCGCCGGGCAUGGCUGGUCCGGGUGGUAUCGUGGUGCCCAUUCCUGGCGUCGGUGGUGGCAUUCCUGGCAUGGGCGGACCCGAUGGCGGUGCGGGAGGUGGCGAUAGUCAAGCUGGAGGGCGCCGGGGCAGGGCGCCGCUGCCCAGUCAGGAGGAGAGUCUUCGGCAGGAGCAAAGGAAGGGGAACUACACGCGCGUGCGGUAACGGGGACGACGGAAGACGAUACUGCAGGAGACGGGUGAUGUCGGGGAUGCGCACCUGGAUGAGUUUACUGGUUUGGCAUCGGUUCGAUAAAGCAUAGCUUUUCGGAAAGGUAAAAAAAAAGGAGAACAUGUCACAGGUAAGGCAUGAAAGUGGCAUAUUGCUAUAGUCCCGCGGGGUAUUUGAGGCAUAUUGUUCCAAACGCCCCUAUAUAGUUUCGAGGCAUGGUCAUGAUUAAUCAAUGGCCGUAUCGGUUCUGCGAAGCUCAUCACAUUGUAUCCCCGUGUGCAUG